AAAGAUGGAUUUGCAAAUUAGUGACAAUUGAUUGCUAGUGACGAAAUAUCCUAUAGCAAUCAGAAGCCACCAUGCAGACGCGCAUAUUCAUCGGCAUUUUAAUUGCUUUUGUUGGAUGCCCAGUAAAUGGGAAAAAAGCUCAAAUUCCGGCUGGAUCCAGAAUAAUCGGCGGUGCUCCGGCAGACAUCAGUGACUAUCCUUACCAAAUUCUCCUGCUGAUCGACGGAGAAGGGGUAUGUGGAGGGUCGAUCAUAUCCACCAACUUCGUGCUGACAGCGGCUCACUGCAUAUACGGGCAAACUGAAAAUCAAUUGCAAGUGAGAGCGGGAUCGACAUACAGAUCUACCGGUGGACAAGUGGUAGGAGUGAAGAAGAUCAACUACUUACAAGACUCCUUCAACAUAGAUACCUACGAUUACGACAUUGCCGUUUUGGAACUGUCGAAGGCUCUGGUAUUUGGUAACGGCGUUUCCGCUGUAUCGCUACCAGCCGCUACAGAUGAAGUGAGCAAUGGCGAAACGUCGAUCGUGACUGGCUGGGGACAAACCGAUCCUGACGAUGAUACCUCGCUUUCCGAUCAACUUCAGGUGGUGAUAUUACCGACAAUCAGCACCAGUACUUGCGGUAAUUAUUACGGGUCUUACGUUACGCAAAGGAUGUUUUGCGCUGGAUAUCAACAAGGAGGAAAAGAUGCUUGCCAGGGUGAUUCUGGGGGCCCCUUGGUAAUUAACGGUGUGCAAUACGGUAUAACUUCCUGGGGUGAUAUUUGCGCCCAAGCCAGUUCACCGGGUGUGUUCACCAAAUUGUCCGCAUUUAGGUCUUAUAUAGACGGCAUUAUUUCUUAGGAAAUUUACAAAUAAAUUGUGACUAAAACCGGCUGCAGGCCGCAUGGCGAGCUUUGGCAAGUUGUUAAACCAAACGUAAAACAAGGUACACCAAAUGGAAGUUUUGUUGGUCCAAUUCUCAAUCAUUUUAGCUUCAACAAUAAUGACAUCAUAAAAUAAUCUUAAAUGUACCACGGUAUUUACUGUAAUUAGUCUUAAAUCCUCGAGAAACAGGCAUGUAGUAAAAUAUUACUGCAAUCAGUCCCAUUGGAUAUUUGCCAAAGCCUGCCAUGCUUUUUGUAAUCGGCUUUAUAUUAUUAAUCUAUAUGUUUUUUUAA